AUGUGGAAUCCAAAGGACUGGGUGGUCCUCACAGAGACCAGAGGACUGGAGACUGAGCAGGGGUACCCUGUCGCCCAUGAGAUCCUCACAGAGACUGAGCAGGGGUACCCUGUCGCCCAUGAGAUCCUCACAGAGACUGAGCAGGGGUACCCUGUCGCCCAUGAGAUCCUCACAGAGACUGAGCAGGGGUACCCUGUCGCCCAUGAGAUCCUCACAGAGACUGAGCAGGGGUACCCUGUCGCCCAUGAGAUCCUCACAGAGACUGAGCAGGGGUACCCUGUCGCCCAUGAGAUCCUCACAGAGACUGAGCAGGGGUACCCUGUUGCCCAUGAGAUCCUCACAGAGACUGAGCAGGGGUACCCUGUCGCCCAUGAGAUCCUCACAGAGACUGAGCAGGGGUACCCUGUCGCCCAUGAGAUCCUCACAGAGACUGAGCAGGGAGCGGCUGCAGAGGUCUCCAGUGGUCCGCACCAUCGCACAGGCCAGGACUCUGUAUUUAAGCGCCUGAAGAAGGACCUCUCCACUUUUGUCCAGGAGGAGCUGAAGAAGUUCCAAAGGCUUCUGAGCACAGAUUACCCAGAAUGCUUAGAGCCUGUGGAGGAUGAGGAGCAGAGGAGCAGCAGUGAGGCGCUCCUGAAGAUCACACUGAACUUCCUGAGGAGGAUGGACCAGAAGGAGCUGGCUGAGCGUCUGUGGAGCAGGGUUUCUUCUGGACGUUCUCAGCGUAAACUGAAGGAGCAUCUGCAGCAGAGACUGAGCUGCUGUGAGCUGUCAGACAGAAGCUGUGGAGCUCUGGCCUCAGUCCUCAGCUCCCAGUCCUCUAGUCUGAGAGUCCUGGACCUGAGUCACAACGACUUGAAGGACUCAGGGCUGAAGCUGUUGUCUGAUGGACUGAAGAGUCCUCACUGUAAACUGGAGACGCUCAGACUGAGCCGCUGUGAGCUGUCAGACAGAAGCUGUGGAGCUCUGGCCUCAGUCCUCAGCUCCCAGGCCUCUAGUCUGAGAGUCCUGGACCUGAGUCUCAACGACUUGAAGGACUCAGGGCUGAAGCUGUUGUCUGAUGGACUGAAGAGUCCUCACUGUAAACUGGAGACGCUCAGUCUGUCAGGUUGUUUGGUGUCAGAGGAAGGCUGUGCUUCUCUGGCCUCAGCUCUGAGGUCCAACCCCUCCCAUCUGAGAGAACAAGGACAGGGAAGCAAACAGCAGAGGAAGGAAGAGAAAAGGGGGGAAAGAUGA